AUGCGACUGAGCUUCCUGCUGUUGCUGACGUUCUUUCCGAGCGACGCCGAAGUGGUGGGAUGUGGCCAGCCGAGGUGCGGAGUCCCUCAGAGCUACUUCUACCAGCCUUACGGGUAUCCUAACACGCCUUACCAGCCACAGUCUGCAUACUAUACCUCUGGUAAGUCAAAAGAAAUUCAAAAGAGAGCAUCAAUUUGAAACUGACCGCUCGGAAAAUUAAAAUAAUUUUCGUAAAAUUUAUUUCUGCGAUUUUCCAAGAGCAAAAAACUUAUUUCCAGGAAACUUAAAAAAAACUUUAAUUUUAAUGAAAAUGAAAUAAUAGUCUGAGAAGUUAUUUUUGAGCCAAUACCUACGCGGUCGCUCCACCUCAUAUUCUUGCCCAAGUCGAUAAAGAAACAGUACUGAUUCCGGCAAAAGCUUCGGUAACAUCGAUAUUUUUUCCUAAAAAGAGACCUGGAAACUCAGCCCUACGAGGAGUACGAAAGAGAGUUGGAGAAACUUAAGCCGUCCACCGUCACGACCACGAUUACUACCAAAAACGAGGAGAGUCUGAUUGCUGUGGAGGUCCUUUAUGGAGUCGGAGCCUUGACUAAUGCUGUCAUUCCAGCCUCCUUCAAAUGUAACGAGUCCUCCUGUCACGUAUAUCCGGGAAUUGACGCCUUAUGCUCCGGACCCGCAGUUCGCAGGACUCCGACCAAUGCCCUACAGGCCGAUGCCGUACCUGCCGAGAGGUAUUUCGUUCAAAAAAAAAAAAUGAUAUCGUUCAAGUUUUUUCCAAAUAAUGUGAUCGAACAAGCGCCAAAUAUCUGAUUAUGAGAUAUUGCUUUAUUUGAAAAUUGAUUGAAAAAAAGCUAAAAAUUUUGAUCAUUCUAACGUGGAACCCGUCCUCGUUGACUUUUUUCAAAAUAUCUUUGAAACUCCAGUUUUUAAUCUUCUCAUAGUCGCUUCGCUGAAAAUGGAGAUUUUCACAUCGUACUCGCCUUUUUUGGCCCAAAUUUUUUUUUCAAAUUUAACAGACUUGUAGGAGAUGAGCUACUCUGAAGACUAGUUAUUCAAAACUAAAAGUUCAUGGAGAGAGCGACUUUGGAAAAACUCUAUCUAGAUCUUUGAAGAGUGUUUGAAUAAUUAUAUGAAAAUUCCAAGCUUAUACCUCACAAAAAGGAAAAGUCAAAAGAGCUUUUAAUCGAAUUUUUACCCAAAAAGCCUAAAAAAAAGCCUCAAAACCUUGAUUUUGAGACAAUCGGAGAUCCGGUUUUCCAGGUUGUCAGCUCCCUGCCGUCGCCGUCUCGCCCUAUCUUCGCCCGGCGCCAUACAUGCCGCGAGGUUACGUUCAGCCAUUGCCGACGGGUUCGCAGACGGGUUUCCUCCGAGAAAUCCUGUAAUUGCAGCCUACGCGACGGCUCCGCAGCCUCUGCCACAGCCGCCACGGCCGCUGCUCCCGCCACCGAUCAACGACUGCUGCGGACGGUGCGGCGCUCCCUGCAAGUACAGAACUCGCCGAAAUGUCUGUUUUCCAAUCAAAAUAGUAAAAAAAAAGCAGUGUGAACAAAAAAUAUUGUUUGAAAACUCUCAAAAAAAUUUGCAGGUGAUAGCUGCGUUAGCUUCCAAGAUUUUUAACACUGAAUACGUCCCGAGGAGGGAAAACCAAGACGAAGACGAGCCCAAGGACCCUAAGUGCAACAGCGAACAGCUGCGCGACAUAAUGGAUCGGGUAAAUUUCUCUAAAACUCAAGAAUUUUUUCAAUAAAAGAGGCGUCACUGGUUUAUCCACUUGCAGUACACGACACGAACCGUGAGUCUCUCCAAAAGGCUGAUUCAGAAGAACGCGGAGAGCGAUUUGGGAGGUGAGUUCUGAAGAUUUGAUGGAAGCUCUUCCCGUUUAUCAGGAUACUUCUCUGUGUUCUGCUCGACCGGCGACUUCAGCUACGUCGCCAGAAGCGAACUCUUCUGUCAGAACGAGAAGAAUGACAUCAUCUGCUAUGCGUUCAAACACAAUUAA